UCAAAAUUAGCACAAAACAUAUGACCAGCAUGGAGAAUCAGCCACGAAAAAGAGUCGCUCGCUCUUCAAAACCAGGCAAAAAGGGUUUGUUGUUAUAAGACAUCAUCAGACCGGUAUUAACAUUGUGUUUGGAUAUUGUUGGGUCCUCAAAAAGGGAUGGAUACGGAGCUAUCUUUCUUGCAAUUACCGUUGUGUUUACGUAGCUCUAGCUAGCUAACUAGCAAGCUAACACGUUUCAUAUGCAACCAUAUAGCAUAGCUGGCUACUUUUAUAGUUAAUUACAGUAUACAGCUAACUUCCUUUAUGAUUUUCUAUCAUGAGCACUGACACCUAAUUUCACUUAUUUGACAGAUGGGAAGAGUGUCAAAGCACAGACCGUUGCAGAGGAAGCAAGAAGGUAUUUAACGUUAGCCUUGGUACCAGUCUUAUGCUACAGUGCCUUUAGAAAGUAUUCAUACCCCUUGACUUAUUCCACAUUUUGUUGUGUUAAAGCCUGAAUUCAAAAUUUAUAUUUUUUUCUCAAGCAUCUACACACAAUACUGCAUAUUGACAGUCAAAACAUGUUUUUAUGGGGUAUUCAACAGUCAGACCGGUGCAGACUUUGCCAUGCGGAAACAUAAUCAAUAGAGCGUCUCUUUUGGUACUGUCCAUAGGUGGCUUGUUUUUGGAGUCAGGUCCAUGAAUGGUUGUUAUGCCAUAAUAUCAGGGUGCGGUUGUACCUGCAAACUGUAUUGCUGGGGGAUUUGAAGGACCACAUUUAGUCAAUAGGAAAUAUUGUGCUCCUCUCUUGGGUAAAAUGUUUAUUUUGGGGUCAAUUUCGGCAGAAAUGUUGCAGAUGGGGAGGUUCAAGGCCCUAGUGAGACACCAUGGGAGAAUGGAAGGAUGUAUUGUAAGAGGAAAUGGUAGAAUGAUGAUUUACUUGGAAAGAUGGAUUGAUCUGUGGCGGUCUGAAAUGUGGAAUUGAUGAGUGUUGGAAUAAAUAUAUACACAAAUAUACAGUGUAAAUAUUUGCGGUCCUCCAAUCAUGGGUGAGGGUUAUUGUAUGUUUAGCUUUUCGUUAUUCAUGUUUUGUGGUUUGGCUUCAUGCAGUGAGCAUGGGAUUAUUGUAUGUUUAGCUUUUCGUUAUUCAUGUUUUGUGGUUUGGCUUCAUGCGGUGAACGGUGUGUGCUGGUCCUGGUAGUUAUGGGUGCGCUCGUUUCCAUGGGCGUUUUGCGGGGCUUGGUUUUAUCACCCUUGGGAAAAUCCCUUUGGGCCUUGCCUUGCUGGUGUCUUGGGGUGGUUGGGGGCGAGCGCACCCACUGACCAGGGCACCCUCUGACCAGGGCACCCUCUGACCAGGGCACCCUCUGGGAGCGGCCAUUUGUAUUGUGUUUUAAAGAAGGGGAAAAAAAUAUUUAUAUAUAUAUACACACACACAUUAAAUAGUACCCGCAAAACACCAGUCUCAACGUCAACAGUGAAGAGCGACUCCGGGACACUGUUGACGUUGAGACUGGUGUUGUUUUGCGGGUACUAUUUAAUGAAGCUGCCAGUUGAGGACCUGUGAGGCGUCUGUUUCUCAAACUAGACACUCUAAUGUAUUUGUCCUCUUGCUCAGUUGUGCACUGGGGCCUCCCACUCCUCUUUCUAUUCUGGUUAGAGCCAGUUUGCGCUGUUCUGUGAAGGGAGUAGUACAUAGCGUUGUACGAGAUCUUCAGUUUCUUGGCAAUUUCUCUCAUGGAAUAGCCUUCAUUUCUCAGAACAAGAACAGACUGACGAGUUUCAGAAGAAAGUUAUUUGUUUCUGGCCAUUUUGAGCCUGUAAUCGAACCCACAAUUGCUGAUGCUCCAGAUACUCAACUAGUCUCAAGAAGGCCAGUUUUAUUGCUUCUUUAAUCAGCACAACAGUUUUCAGCUGUGCUAACAUAAUUGCAAAAGGGUUUUCUAAUGAUCAAUUAGCCUUUUAAAAGGAUAAACUUGGAUUAGCAAACACAACGUGCCAUUGGAACACAGGACUGAUGGUUGCUGAAAAUGGGCCUCUGGACGCCUAUGUAGAUAUUCCAUUAAAAAAUCAGCCGUUUCCAGCUACAAUAGCCAUUUACAACAUUAACAAUGUCUACACUGUAUUUCUGAUCAAUUUGAUGUUAUUUUAAUGGACAACAUUUUUUUGAACGGUAGUGUAUGUGUGUAUGUGUGUGUAUAUAUAUAUAUAUAUAUAUAUAUAUAUAUAUAUAUAUAUAUAUAUAUAUAUAUAUAUAUAUAUACUACUUUGUGCAUGACACAAGUAAUUUUUCCAUCAAUUGUUUACAGACAGAUUAUUUCACUUAGAAUUCACUGUAUCACAAUUCUAGUGGGUCAGAAGUUUACAUACACUAAGUUGACUUUGCCUUUAAACAGCUUGGAUAAUUCCAGAAAAUGAUGUCAUGGCUUUAGAAGCUUCUGAUAGGCUAAUUUACAUCAUUUGAGUCAAUUGGAGGUGUACCUGUGGAUGUAUUUCAAGGCCUACCUUCAAACUCAGUGCCUCUUUGCUUGACAUAAUGGGAAAAUCAAAAGAAAUCAGCCAAGACCUCCGAAAACAUUUUGUAGACCUCCACAAGUCUGGUUCAUCCUUGGGAGCAAUUUCCAAACGCCUGAAGGUACCACGUUCAUCUGUACAAACAAUAGUACGCAAGUAUAAACACCAUGGGACCACACAGCCAUCAUACUGCUCAAGAAGGAGACACGUUCUGUCUUACUCCCUUACUCCCGAGUGGCGCAGUGGUCUAAGGCACUGCAUCGCAGUGCUAGCUGUGCCACUAGAGAUCCUGGUUUGAGUCCAGGCUCUGUCGCAGCCGGCCACGACCGGGAGUCCCAUGGGCGGCGCACAAUUGGUCCAGCAUCGUCCAAGGUAGGGGAGGGUUUGGCCGACAGGGAUGUGGGUUCGUUUCCCACGGGGGGCCAGUAUGAAUAAAUAAAAAAUAAAAACAUGUAUGCAUUCACUAACUGUAAGUCGCUCUGGAUAAGAGCGUCUGCUAAAUGACUAAAAUGUAAAUGUCUCCCAGAGAUGAACGUACUUUGGUGUGAAAAGUGCAAAUCAAUCCCAGAACAACAGCAAAGGACCUUGUGAAGAUGCUGGAGGAAACAGGUACUAAAGUAUCUAUAUCCACAGUAAAACAAGUGUUAUAUCGACAUAACCUGAAAGGCCGCUCAGCAAGGAAGAAGCCACUGCUCCAAAACCGCCAUAAAAAAAGCCAGACUACAGUUUGCAACUGCACAUGGGGACAAAGAUCGUACUUUGUGAAGAAAUGUCCUCUGGUCUGAUGAAACAAAAAUAGAACUGUCCAUAAUUACAAUCGUUAUGUUUGGAGGAAAAAGGGGGUCGCUUGCAAGCCGAAGAACACCAUCCCAACCGUGAAGCACGGGGGUGGCAGCAUCAUUCUGUGGGGGUGCUUUGCUGCAGGAGGGACUGGUGCACUUCACAAAAUAGAUGGCAUCAUGAGGAAGGAAAAUGAUGUGGAUAUAUUGAAGCAACAUCUCAAGACAUCAGUCAAGAAGUUAAAGCUUGGUCGCAAAUGGGUCUUCCAAAUGGACAAUGACCCCAAGCACACUUCCAAAGUUGUGGCAAAAUGGCUUAAGGACAACAAAGUCAAGGUAUUGGAGUGGCCAUCACAAAGCCCUGACCUCAAUCCUAUAGAAAAUGUAUGGGCAGAACUGAAAAAGCGUGUGCGAGCAAGGAGACCUACAAACCUGACUCAGUUACACCAGCUCUGUCAGGAGGAAUGGGCCAAAAUUCCGCCAACUUAUUGUGGGAAGCUUGUGGAAGGCUACCCGAAACGUUUGACCCAAGUUAAACAAUUUAAAGGCAAUGCUACCAAAUACUAAUUGAGUGUAUGUAAACUUCUGACCCACGUGGAAUGCGAUGAACGAAAUAAAAGCUGAAACAAAUCAUUCUCUCUACUAUUAUUCUGACAUUUCACAUUCUUAAAAUAAAGUGGUGAUCCUAACUGACCUAAGAAAGGGCAUUUUUACUAGGAUUAAAUGUCAGGAAUUGUGAAAAACUGAGUUUAAAUGUUUUUGGCUAAGGUGUAUGUAAACUUCUGACUUCAACUGUACAACUCACCACUAUAACUGUGCCUCUUGCCUCCCAAACUGUAAACUGUAGAUAGUUUGUGUGUAUGUAUUGAUAUGUGUGCCUUUAAAUAAAUAAAUGUUGACGUAGUUCUGUCCUCGAGCUGUUCUUGUCUAUUAAUGUUCUGUUUUAUGUCAUGUUUUGUGUGGACCGCAGGAAGAGUAGCUGCUGCUUUUGCAACAGCUAAUGGGGAUCCUAAUAAAAUAGCAAAUGUUUUAGAAUAUUUUUUAUUCUGUACAGGCUUCCUUCUUUUCACUCUGUCUUUUAGGUUAGUAUUGUGGAGUAACUACAAUGUUGUUGAUCCAUUUUCAGGUUUUAUCCUAUCACAGCCAUUCAACUCUAACUGUUUAAAAGUCACCAUUGGCCUCAUGGUGAAAUACCUGAGUGGGUUCCUUCCUCUCCGGCAACUGAGUUAGGAAGGACGACUGUAUCUUUGUAGUGACUGGGUGUAUUGAUACACCAUCCAAAGUGUAAUAACUUCACCAUGCUCAAAGGGAUAUUCUUUGUCUGCUUUUUUAUUUUUACCUGUCAACCAAUAGGUGCCUUUCUUUGCGAGGCUUUGGAAACCUCCCUGGUCUUUGUGGUUGAAUCUGUGUUUGAAAUUAACUGCUCAACUGAGGGACCUUACAGAUACAGUGAGGGGGGAAAAGUAUUUGAUCCCCUGCUGAUUUUGUACAUUUGCCCACUGACAAAGACAUGAUCAGUCUAUAAUUUUAAUGGUAGGUUUAUUUGAACAGUGAGAGACAGAAUAACAACAAAAAAAUCCAGAAAAACCCAUGUCAAAAAUGUUAUAAAUUGAUUUGCAUUUUAAUGAGGGAAAUAAGUAUUUGACCCCUCUGCAAAACAUGACUUAGUACUUAGAGGUCAGACGUUUCUUAUAGUUGGCCACCAUGUUUGCACACAUCUCAGGAGGGAUUUUGUCCCACUCCUCUUUGCAGAUCUUCUCCAAGUCAUUAAGGUUUCGAGGCUGACGUUUGGCAACUCCAACCUUUAGCUCCUUCCACAGAUUUUCUAUGGGAUUAAGGUCUGGAGACUGGCUAGGCCACUCCAGGACCUUAAUGUGCUUCUUCUUGAGCCACUCCUUUGUUGCCUUGGCCGUGUGUUUUGGGUCACUGUCAUGCUGGAAUACCCAUUUACGACCCAUUUUCAAUGCCCUGGCUGAGGGAAGGAGGGUCUCACCCAAGAUUUGAUGGUACAUGGCCCCAUCCAUUGUCCCUUUUGAUGCAGUGAAGUUGUCCUGUCCCCUUAGCAGAAAAACACCCCCAAAGCAUAAUGUUUCCACCUCCAUGUUUGACGGUGGGGAUGGUGUUCUUGGGGUCAUAGGCAGCAUUCCUCCUCCUCCAAACACGGCGAGUUGAGUUGAUGCCAAAGAGCUCAAUUUUGGUCUCAUCUGACCACAACACUUUCACCCAGUUCUCCUCUGAAUCAUUCAGAUGUUCAUUGGCAAACUUCAGACGGCCCUGUAUAUGUGCUUUCUUGAGCAGGGGGACCUUACGGGCGCUGCAGGAUUUCAGUCCUUCACGGCAUAGUGUGUUACCAAUUGUUUUCUUGGUGACUAUGGUCCCAGCUGCCUUGAGAUCAUUGACAAGAUCCUCCCGUGUAGUUCUGGGCUGAUUCCUCGCCGUUCUCAUGAUCAUUGCAACUCCACGAGGUCAGAUCUUGCAUGGAGCCCCAGGCUGAGGGAGAUUGACAGGUAUUUUGUGUUUCUUCCAUUUGUGAAUAAUCACGCCAACUGUUGUAACCUUCUCACCAAGCUGCUUGGCGAUGGUCUUGUAGCCCAUUCCAGCCUUGUGUAGGUCUACAAUCUUGUCCCUGACAUCCUUGGAGAGCUAUUUGGUCUUGGCCAUGGUGGAGAGUUUGGGAUCUGAUUGAUUGAUUGCUUCUAUGGACAGGUGUCUUUUAUACAGGUAACAAGCUAAGAUUAGGAGCACUCCCUUUAAGAGUGUGCUCCUAAUCUCAGCUCGUUACCUGUAUAAAAGACACCUGGUAGCCAGAAAUCUUUCUGAUUGAGAGGGGGUCAAGUACUUAUUUCCCUCAUUAAAAUGCAAAUCAAUGUAUAACAUUUUUGACAUGCGUUUUUCUGGAUUUUUUUGUUAUUCUGUCUCUCACUGUUCAAAUAAACCUACCAUUAAAGUUAUAGACUGAUCAUUUCUUUGUCAGUGGGCAAACGUAAAAAUCAGCAGGGGAUCAAAUACUUUUUUCCCUCACUGUAAUUGUAUGUGUGGGGUACAGAGAUGAGAUGGUCAUUCAAAAAUCAUGUUAAACACUAUUAUUGCACACAGUUAGUCCAUGCAACUUAUUAUGCACAUUUUUACUCCUGAACUUAUUUAGGCUUGCCAUAACAAAGGGGUUGAAUAAUUAUUGACUCAAGACAUUUCAGCUUUUCAUUUGUAAUUAAUUUGGAAACAUUUCUAAAAACAUAAUUCCACUUUGACAUUAUGCGGUAUUGUGUGUAGGCCAGUGACACACAAUCUCGAUUUUAUCUAUUUUAAAUUCAGGCUGUAACACAACAAAAUGUGGAAAAAGUCAAGGGGUGUGAAUACUUUCUGAAGACACUGUAACAACCACUGCUUGGCAUGCCAUACAUUUGGCAUAUGACACUGAGUACAAGGAGUGGAAUGUUAGCGCAAAACAAGGCUGGGUUUCAGGCUAAUAUGACAUCAGUGAUCGCCAAACAUAUGAAGUUGCUGUUGUCUUCAGAUUUUUGGUUGAAUCCAUUGCCAAUGUUGCUGGACUCAAAUUAGUGACCAGUGUUUGUCCCUGAUAUGAUCAUACCCCCAUGCGUCUCUCUGACUGUGGUGCUGACGUGUAUAACCAUGUCUCCCUUCUCCAGGAGAGAGGCAGUGAGGGAGACCCUGAGAGAAAAGCUGGAUCUGGAGAAGAGGGCACUGCAGGUGGUGGAGUCUCUCCUGGAGGACAGCGUAGCAGAGGACUUCCUGGUUGACUGUGUGAGUACCAUAGAGAUAAAUACACUGUCUAUCUCUAUGGUGAAUACUGCAGGGAGAGAUUGCUCUUUUUUAAAUCUGUGGCUAGGAUGGUGACUGCAAUGAAUGAAGCAUGUAGAGUUGGAGCGUUUCCAGUCUUGUGUAUUAGAAGAGGAUCUAUGACCUCAUGAAAAGAUUUACAGUCACUGUCAAUAGAUAUCAGUUGAUGGAGGAGCACAGCAUUGUUAUUUCAGGUGUGGGGGUACCUGCCAAGUUAACAAACAGAUCACCGACCACUUCGAAUCCCACCGUACCUUCUCCGCUAUGCAAUCUGGUUUCCGAGCUGGUCAUGGGUGCACCUCAGCCACGCUCAAGGUCCUAAACGAUAUAAUAACCGCGAUUGAUAAAAGACAGUACUGUGCAGCCGUCUUCAUCAACCUGGCCAAGGCUUUUGACUCUGUCAAUCACCGCAUUCUUAUUGGCAGACUAAAUAGCCUUGGUUUCUCAACUGACUGCCUCACUUGGUUCACCAACUACUUUUCAGAUAGAGUUCAAUGUAUCAAAUCGGAGGGCCUGUUGUCUGGACCUCUGGCAGUCUCUAUGGGGGUGCCACAGGGUUCCAUUAUCGGGCCGACUAUUCUCUGUGUAUAUCAAUGAUGUCGCUCUUGCUGCUGGUGACUCUCGGAUCCACCUCUACGCAGACGACACCAUUUUGUAUACAUCUGGCCCUUCAUUGGACACUGUGUUAACAAACCUCCAAACGAGCUUCAAUGCCGUACAACACUCCUUCUGCUCUUAAACGCUAGUAAAACUAAAUGCAUGCUCUUCAAUCGAAUGCUGCUUGCACCCGCCUGCCCAACUAGAAUCACUUCUCUCUGCGGGUCUGACUUAGAAUAUGUGGUCAACUACAAAUACCUAAGUGUCUGGUUAGACCGUAAACUCUCCUUCCAGACUCACAUUAAGCAUCUCCAAUCCAAAGUUAAAUCUAGAAUCGGCUUCCUGUUUCGUAACAAAGCCUCCUUCACUCAUGCUGCCAAACAUGCCUUCGUAUAACUGACUAUCCUACCGAUCCUUCACUUCGGCGAUGUCAUUUACAAAAUAGCUUCCAACACUCUACUCAGCAAAUUGGAUGUAGUCUAUCACAGUGCCAUCUGUUUUGUCACCAAAGCCCCAUAUACUACCCACCGUUGUGACCUGUACGCUCUCGUUGGCUGGCCCUCACUACAUAUUCAUUGCCAAACCCACUGGCUCCAGGUCAUCUAUAAAUCACUUCUAGGCAAAUCCCCGCCUUAUCUUAGCUCAUUGGUCACCAUAGCAACACCCACAUUUUACAUUUACAUUUUAGUCAUUUAGCAGAUGCUCUUAUCCAGAGCGACUUACAGUUAGUGAGUGCAUACAUGUUUGUUUUUUGUUGUUGUUGUUUUUAUACUGGCCCCCCGUGGGAAUCAAACCCACAACCCUGGCGUUGCAAGCGCCAUGCUCUACCAACUGAGCUACACCCACCCGUAGUCUGCGCUCCAGCAGGUAUAUCUCACUGGUCAUCCCCAAAGCCAACACCUCCUUUGGCCGCCAUUCCUUCCAGUUCUCUGCUGCCAAUGACUGGAACAUCUCUGAAGCUGGAGACUCUUAUCUCCCUCACUAACUUUAAGCAUCAGUUGUCAGAGCACCUUACCGAUCACUGCACCUGUACACAGCCCAUCUGAAAUUAGCCCACCCAACUACCUCAUCCCCAUAUUGUUAUUUACGUUGUUAUUUAUUUUGCUCAUUUGCACCCCAGUAUCUGUAUUUGCACAUCAUCUUUUGCGCAUCUAUCACUCCAGUGUUAAUACUAAAUUGUAAUUAUUUUGCGCUAUGGCCUAUUUAUUGCCUUACCUCCAUAACUUACACACACUGUAUAUAUAUUUUCUAUUGUGUUAUUGACUGUAUGUUUUGUUUAUUCCAUAUGUAACUCUGUGUUGUUGUUGUUGUUAUCGCACUGCUUUGCGCAGUUGUAAAUGAGAACUUGUUCUCAACUGGCUUACCGGGUUAAAUAAAGGUGAAAUAAAUGCCCUUGAUUUGCAGGCAAGGUUGAUCACUUCUGCCAAUUACAAAGACACAGUUGAGGAGAGAUCCAUUGUGAAGCUGUGCGGUUAUCCUAUCUGUUCAAAUAAACUGGGCAAGGUAAGGUUUUCAUAUAUUUUCCUUUUUACUUGCCUUCUAGUUCACGAUUGGUCAAAACUAACUUAUUCAGAUAUGUUUUUCCUAGGUCUCCAGGCAACAGUUCAAAAUUUCCACCAAAACCAAUCAAGUGUAUGACAUCACAGAACGCAAGGUAAGUUCACAGUCAGACACAGAAUCCGAUACGUUGCUGUGUUAUGCCCAGCACCAUGAAAGAACGUUACUGACAUAAGACUGAAACACUGCCCUUUCCCCUCUCUGACCCAGAGCUUCUGCAGUAACUUCUGCUACAAAGCCUCCAAGUCCUUUGAGCUGCAGAUAUCUAAGAGCCCUCUAUGGUUGAGGCAGCACGAGAGGUAAGCCUGGACCAUUUUACUUCAGCAGAUAAUAGCAGUGCUGAGGUAGGCAGACAUUUUUCUUUAGGUCCAAAUUUGACCUAAAUGUUGACUCCUCUUUUCAUUUGCAGCCCCCCAGAUGUGAAAUUAAUGAAGAAAGGAGAUGGGUAUGUACAUAUAUUUUUCCACAGUGUCAUUCAGUCUGGAUGAAUUGAUAAGAUGUGGAGCUGUAAAAAUGCAAUAUUUCGCAGACUGUAUACAUCAAAUUAAAAAUACAGAACCAUUGAUAUAUCGAUUGAUUGAUUGCUUGACUGACUGUCUUCCCCCUGAUUCCAUCUGUCUAUAUAGCGGUAGCACUGGAGAGGAGGUGAGGCUGGUUGAGAGGCGUCUCAGAGAGGAAGAUGUGGAGAACCCCCUUCCCCUGGACUCUGAGGCCCCACAGGGCACCAGGCGCUCCCCUACAGCCGGUCACAGCGACGACAGCGACACAGAACAGGACUUUGUCUCCAGCGUGGUCUCCCAGCGACAGGGACCCAGGGUGCACUGGGGUGAUCUGCCCAAGUGCACUGCCGAAGGGGAGGGUAGGGAACCUGGAGAGGGGGAGGACAGGGAGAGAAGGUCGGGAGGGAAGGACACAAAGGUGCCCAAGCAAAUACAAACAAAUAAGGCGGAAGAAAAGGAGGAGGAAAACACAGAAGAAUCACAGAAAGCACUAACAAAAACAAGCAAUGGCACAGAUGGACCCCAACAGCACACAACAGCUACAAACCAUCCCAGUGAUCAGCAACCUUUCCUGGGAGAGAGAGGCUCGCCAGAAGGCCAGUCUAUAGAGGAAGCCGCAGACCUAAUGAGCCAAGUUACAAUGCAGGAUAGAGACCCAGCUACAUCUCCUGCACCAACAGCCCACAGUGGACAGAAUCAAGAACCAGCUCCAACCCCCACCCCACAGGGGGAUCCAACCCCAGCACAGCCCACCCAGCCUGGCAUCAACAUUAUCCAGGUGGGCAUGAGCAGAAGGGGAGCACAGGGGCUCCAGGGGCUCCUCAAGGGCCACGAAGCUGGGACUAAACCUGUCUCGGUCCGGCUGAACCUUCUAGAAGGCCUAAGGAGGACCUUCAACGAAUGGACGACUCAGGAGACUAUGAAGUUCCUAUAUGGCCCAGACCACUUUAGUAAAACACUGAUAGAAACAAAGAAGGUGGAGAAGGAAGAGGAGCUGGAUGAAGAUGACUUGGAUGACAUUGUGGAGGGUGGUGGGGAGGGAGGUGAGACUGAGUCCCAAGGGGGUCCAGGAAGGCCCUCAGCCCCGGCCCCAGACUACGACACCCUACGCAGGGAGACAGAGGAGAUGGGGCUGAGGGUGAGGGAGUUCUACAAAGGGAUGGAGGAAGUCCAUAGGGUGUCAGGGAAACAACAUGCCAGAGGCGGAGACUCAGAGGUGAGUGGGGGGGUGAGUGUACUGUAGCAACUGCCAGUGUCCAGAUGGGGACACUCUGUAUAAGCAUUGGAGAGAUGUGACAUGAAACUAUCUCUGUCUGUCGCUCGCUCUCUCUCUCACUAUCUCACUCACACUCUUUCUCUCUCACUAUCUCACUCACACUUUCUCUCUUUCUGCCAGUGUCCAGAUGGGGACACUCUGUAUAAGCAUUGGAGAGAUGUGACAUGAAACUAUCUCUGUCUCUAUCUGUCUCUCUCACUAUCUCUCUCACUCACUUUCUCUCACUAUUUCUCACUCUUUCUCUCACUCGCACUCUCUCACUGACUUUAUCUCACUCUUUCUCUCACUAUCACUCACGCAAACUCACUCAUGCACUGAAUCUCUCUCUCACUCACGCUCUCACUCUCUCACUCGCUCAAUCGCUCACUCUCUCUGUCUCUCUUCUCUGUCUCUCGCUCUCUCUGUCUCGGUCUCUUUGUCUCUCUUUCUCGCUGUCUCUCUCUCUCUGUCUCUCUCUCUUUCUCUCUGUCUUGGUCUCUGUCUCUCGGUCUCUGUCUCUUUCUCUCUGUGUCUCUCGCUCUGUCUCUCUCUCUUUCUCUCUUUGUGUCUGUCUCUCGGUCUGUCUCUCGGUCUCUCUCUCUGUGUCGCUGUCUCUCUGUCUCUUUCUCUGUGUCUCUUUCUGUCUCUUUCUCUCUGUCUCUCUCGGUCUCUUUCUCUCUCUGUCUGUCUCUCGGUCUCUGUCUCUCUUUUUCUGUCUCUCGGUCUUGGUCUCUCUGUCUCUCUGCUUCUUUCUCUCUCUGUCUCUCUUGGUCUCUCUGUCUCGGUCUCUCUGUCUCGGUCUCGCUGUCUUUCUCUCUCUCUCUGUCUCUCUAUCUGUCUCUCUCUCUGUCUCUCGGUCUCUCUCUGUCCCGGUCUCUGUCUCUCUGUCCAUCUCUCGGUCUCUCUCUCUGUGUCUCUGUCUCUCUGUGUGUGUCUCUGUCUCUCUAUCUCCUCUGUCUCUCUCUGUCUCUGUCUCGGUCUCUCUGUCUCGGUCUCUUUCUCUCUCUGUCUCUUUCUCUCUGUCUCUCUCUGUCUCUCUCUGUCUGUCUCUCUCUCUGUCUGUCUUUCUCUCUCUUCUCUCUGUGUCUCGGUCUCUGUCUCUCUCUCUGUGUAUCUGCCUUUCGGUCUCUGUCUCUCUCUGUGUCUCUGUCUCACUCUCUGUCUCCGUCUCUCUCUCUCUCUCUCUUAUCUCUCUCUCUCUUCUAUCGCUCUUCUCUCUUUUUCUCUCUUUUCUUCUCCUCUUUUUCUCGGGUUUUCCCUCUUUUCGUCUGCCCCUUCUUGUCUCUGUUCUUGUUCUGGUUGGUUCUGCCCCUCGGUUUUCUCUUUUUUCGUCUUUUCUUUUUUUGGUUUUUUCCGGUCUUGUUUUCUCUUUUUUUGUCUUUGGGGUCUUUUUUUUUUUUUUGGGGGUGUCUCUCUCUCUCCUAUCUUUCUUCCUCUCUAUUUUCUUUCUUGUUUUUUGUCUUUUUCUCUCCGCUUUCUUUCUUUCUCCCCCCCUUCUCUUUUUUCUCCUUUCUUAUCUUUUCCUGUCCCCCCUCUUCUUUUUCUUCUUCUUCUUUUCUUUCCUCCUUCUCUUUCUGCCCUCUCUCUUUUUUUUUUUUCUCUUUAUCUCUCUUUCUUUUCUCUCUCUCCUUCCCUUUCCCCUCUCUUCUUUUUCUCUUUUUCGUUCUCUCUUUCUUUCGUCUUCUCUCUUUUUCUCUGCUCGCUUCUCUUUUUCUCUUUUCUCUCUCGUCUCUUCUCUUUUCCCUCCCUCUUCCCUCUCUGUCUUCUGUUCUUUCUUCUCUUUCUUCUUUCUCUCUCUCUUCUUCUUCUCUUCUCUCUUUCUUUUCUUUUCUUCCCCUUUCUUCUUCUCCUCUCUUUGUCUCUCUUUUCUCUUUCCUUUCCCUCUUUCUUUUUCUCUCUUCUUUUCUUCUCUCUCUUUUUUCUUCGUCUCUCUCUUUUCCUCUCUCCUCUUUCCCCCUUUUCCCUCCUCUCUUUUCUCUCUCUUCUCCUCUCUCUUCUUUCUUUCUCUUUUUCUCUCUCUUUUUUUCUUCUGUCUCUCUCUGUUUCUUUUUUUUCCGUCUUUCUCUUUGUCUCUUUUUUCUUGUCUUUUUCUCUGUUUUCUCUCUUUCUCUCUCUGUUUUUUCUCUCCUUUCUCUGGUUUCUUCCUGUCUCUCCUCUGUUCUUUCUUUCUCUUCUCUCUCUCUUCUCCCUCUUCUCUCUGUCUCUUUCCUUUUCCCCCUCCCCUCUUUUCCUUCCUUUUUGUCUCUCUUUUUCCCUCUUCUCUCGGGCUCUCCUCUCUUCUGUCUCCUCUGUUUUUCUCUCUUCUUGUCCUCUCUUUGUUCCCGGGUCUCUCUUUUCCCCCAAUUCUUCGGUCCCUCUCUUUUCUUCUUUUUUUUUUUUCGUCUCUUUUUUUUUCUUUUCCCUCUCUCUCUUUUUUCUCUUCCUCUCUAUUUUCUCUAUCUCCCCCUCUUCUUCUCUCUUCUUCUCUUCUCUUCCUCUUCUUUUCCUCUUCUCUUUUUCUCUCUUUCUCUCUUUUCUUUUUCUCUCUCUCUUUUCCCCCUUCUGCUUUCUUUGUAUCUCUUUUUUUCUUUUCUCUGUUUUCUGUUCUCUCUCUCUUGUCUCUUUCUUCUUCUUUUCCUCUGCUCUUCUUGUUCGGGGUUUUUCCUCUCUUGCUUUCUUUGACUUUUUCUUCCUCUCUCCCUCCCCCCCCUUUCCUGUUCUCUUGUCCUCUCUCUUCUUCUGUAUUCUCUUCUCUCAUAGCUCUUCUUCUAUCCUGUCUCUCUCUCGCUCUCUCUCUGAUCCUCCCUCACUCUCUUUUCUCUCUGUAUCUUCUCUCAUCUUCUGUUCUCUCCUCUCUCUCUUCUGUCUUCUUCUCUCUCUGUCUCUCUUGUCUUCUGUAUCUUUCUUCUCUGUCUCUCUCUGUCUCUGAUCUCUCUUCUCUCUUAUUUGUCUCUCUCUUUCUCUCUUGUCUUCUCUCCGUCUCUCUGUCUCUCUCUGCUUCUCUUCGCGCUCUUCUCUCUCUCUCUCUCUCUCUGUCUCUCCGUAUUUUUCUCUCUCUCUUUCUCUCUUUCUCUCUCUUCUCUCUCCCUCCCUCUCUCUGUCUCAUUGUGUCUUUAUUUCUAUCUUCCUCUCCAGAACCAGGGUGGUGCACUCCCAUUGGUUGACUCCCAUGCCCAGCACCUCAUCCAGAAACGCAUUACGGUGGAGAAGCUCACUAGAGGGUGUGUGUCUGUAUGAAAACACUGCCAUGGUUUUCAAAGUGCAAAGAACUGGGUUUCUGCAAUGAAUAUGUGGUCACGGAUAAUUGACAAACAGCAAUAUUACAGAAGCAUUGAAGAGGACUGGCUCAGUCUUAAAGCUUGGUGAAUUUAACUUGGCAUCUCAGCAUAUGAAGAAAUUAAACCCAAGUUGUUCUGUGUGUUUUUUAUAUGUCCUGUCUGUUUCUGUCUGUGAUCUGAAGCCUGAGAGACAUCGUGGGUCCUCUGCGUCUCACCAUGACUGAUGUCUCCAGUGACCUCAACAAGCUGGUCAGGACCUUCAGGUCAGUGCCAAUGCGACCUUUUAACACACCUUGUCAUUCUACAACGUACCAUACUGUGUCUGGGAGAGAAACGGGACAUUUUACAGUCCUAUUUCAGUCCGUAUUUACCUGGGCCUGUAUUCAUAAACCGUUUCAAAGUAGAAGUGCUGAUCUAGGAGCCCUUUUAGAUCAUAAUGAAUAAGAUUACAAGGCCCGGACCUGUUCCUAGAUCAGCACUCCUACUAUGAGACACUAUGAAUACGGGCCCUGGUAUUUAUGGAGAAGUUAUGUGGUAUCAAGACUUUCACGAACUGCGUGAACUUUCCGGGGAGCCCAAACGGCCAGAGGUGAACUGUGCUCCUGUCGUGGGCGCUAACUGGGCUGUGAUUGGCUGAUUUAGGUGCUGUCAACAGGAAGUGGUAAUUGGCAGAGUGCUUUUGACUUCCUGUAGCUCUGAUUUUAAUAGCGAACCACUUGAGUUACACCUCCAGUGAGAGGCCUGUUUCCAGGAAUUCUCCACUAACUGCUGAGGCCUGCUGAAAUGGCACCCUGAGCUUAAACAACAAACUGUCAUAUAAACAACUAUAAUUGUUUUGUCUAUGAUUUUGUCUGACAUAUGGUUGGACUUUAUGGCCAAGUUGAAGGGAAGGCCAGAUAUUUAGACUUGUCUUUCUAUGUGUUUACUCUUUUAUGGAAAUCAUAGUGAUGUUAGGCCGAAUGGCAGUACUCAUUUCUCUCAGCUUCUCAAAACCUGUGCUAUGUAUCGAUUUCUUUACUUUACUGUCUCUCUUUAUUUCCAUUCCAGAUUUACAAACACCAACAUCAUCCACAAAGGCCCAGAGUGGACCCUGAUUGCGGUGGUGCUCCUCCAUUUGUAAGUGCACCUUGUGUGUGUUUGUCCUGUUGCAGGAACAGCUGGAGAGCCUAGGCCUCUGUAGGAUCAGGACAGAGGAAAUCAGGGGGAAAAAUCCCCUGGAGGAACACCCUCUCAACAAACUCAAUCUAGAGGGAUUUAUCUCUGCUUGUGUGUGUGUCCAGGGUGCGCUGCAGAGGAGUGUGUGUGUGUGUGUGUGUGUGCGCACGUGUGUGUGUUCUUUUGGUUGUCCUCUUUGAUCGACCUCAAACAAAGUGAAAGUCAACCUGUAAAAACACAUGAUUUCAUCAACAUAUGCAUAGAAUUUGUACAUUAUUAUGAAUGACGCAUACACAGGCCCUCAUAGAUGCAGCAAUGCAAAGGUGUACGUGUGUGCGCGCAUGCGUGUUUAUGGUGGCCUUUGAUAUAUAUACAGUGUGGUAUACAGUAUAUGGUGCACUCUGGUGUGUGUGUGUGUGUGUGUGACAUCUCCAAUCUACAGUGUUUGCGUGCCCUUGCAUUGUUUGCUUUUGCCAGAUGGCGUGUGUGUGUCACUUCCCCUGGCAGGUUGGUGGCGGGCAGGGCGUGAGCCUAGCAGGCACUGUACAGGACAGUUCCAUGCUGCUCCCGUUUGUGUACACACAAACGCCUCUCGGCCUUAUCUCCUCCACCUGAUUACCCCCCCCCUCAAGAUCCGUGAUGCAGCAGCCAGGGACGACACGCACACAGGCCCUGGGAAACAUUCCACCCCAUCCCUAGCUGAUCCACUGUGUACACCACCCCAGAGAGGAGAGAGGGGCCAUAACUUCAGCUCUGAUUUAUAGCUGUCAAAAUCAAUGGGGGAUGAUGCCUUCUUCAUCUAAUAUUACCAUAUCUACUAAUGUGGUCUUGAUUUAGUCCUAUAGUCACUAACUAGUAAAGUAACACGCCCUAUUGAGUGAGACGCUGACAAAACAGACGGUUCUAACUAAUUGAAAGUGGCACUGCUAUCAACCACAGUUUGGUUUCAACUGACUCAAAAUGUCUGUUAUUUAGUCAUGAUCAUUAAGAUGUGGUCAUAAUAAGACACUGUAAGAAAGACUCUUAUGACAUGUCUUAUAUUGCAUUAUAACUGCAUCGUAAAGGGGGGGGGGGUCGUCAUCACAACAAGGCCAUGCAGUGAAUUUCCAAUCCCUCCCAAAUCCUGGUCAGUGUGCCCUUAAACCUUACAAACAUGUGCAUUGCGCUGUUGAUGAGAUUUCUGAAAAUGGUCAAGUUAGUCACAUUGCCAUCUAGAAGUCUUGUACUUAUUUACUAAUAGGCCUUAGUUUUUUCCUGACCAUGUUUGUUUGUUUGUUGCAGGUUAUCAGAGGUAUCCCCGGUGGUGCGGGAGGCCCUGGAGAGCCCGGCCUCAGUAGAGUAUCUCUCUACUCUGAUGCAGGAGCUCCCACUGCAGGACCAGGACCUACAGAGCCUAGUCCAGCUACUCAAAACCCCAGCCCUCUGUCCACACGCACACAGAGAGAAACAGCAGACAAAUCAAUGAAACUCUAUUCUACACAACUUCUUCUAGACAACAACCCUUUACAUUUUCCCCCUAUUAUAAGAACUGCAAGGGCUAGAGAUAUCCGCCCGGUUAUCCUUUUUAUUUGUUUUGGUUGCUUUUUCUGUUUUAUUGAUUCUAUUUGAUUGAUUCUAUUAUAUUAUUGAGAAUUAAGAGUCAAAUAAUGACUUUCAUCUUCUCUGGGGGUAUGGAGAGUGCUUGAUGUGGCUUUAGUGUUCUGAAAUGAAGACUGUUUAGGCAUACUGUAUCAUUGAAUAGGCUUGUUUUCAAACACAUUCUUACUUCACUGGUGCAUAGUUGAGUGAAUCUGUUGAUACAGUGAAUCUGUUGAUACUGUAAAUGUCUAAAUCAAAUCUUUAAAGUUACAAGCCUCAAAUGUUUAACCCUAUGCCUCUACAACCAAAUAAAUCACACUUAGGUUUUCCACUGUGUAUAAAAACGUCAUGCGUUGUCGACUAUAUUGCCAUACAUACUGGAAGAGGAUGGUGCAAUAAAAGUGAUGCUAUUUCUCCGAACUACCUUCACAUGAAGUUUAUGGUGUUGUAAUCUCAUUUGUUCCAAGUGUGUUAACAACGUGUGUCUGAAGAUAUUUGGUUUAGACCAGGUGGCUCACACGACUGGAAAAGGAAUCUGAGAACUUUGAAUCAUUUCUUCAUUUUAGUUGACCUGUCGUUCAAUGGGCAACAGUCUAGAUUUUAUUUUUAUUCAAACAUUUUAGGAUCAUACAGAUAAAGCCUAUUAUAUCU